AUCAAAGGGACUGAAUUCAACCAAAAACAAAACAGCGAAGCAACGAUCGGAUCAAUUGCUUGAGUCUUGAGAGAGAAAUGGGGAAGGCACCAUUAGGGCCAACUGGGGAAUUCUUCAGGCGAAGGGAUGCAUGGAGGAAGCAUCCGAUGCUCACUAACCAGUUCCGCCACGCCACUCCUGGCCUCGGAAUCGCCCUCGUCGCUUUUGGCGUCUACGUCGUCGCUGAAAUUGCCUACAACAAGAUCAAUGCUCCUUCUCAUACAACUUCUACAUCUUCUCAUUCUCACUGACAUCCCUUUCCUCCAUCAGGUGUCAUGAAGUAUGCAAGAUUUUACCAUCCUUUAUGUUUACGUAUCGAAUAAAUUAAGCAUUUAUUACAAUUGUAAGUCUAUUUUUGUGUUGUAAAAGAUACUUUGUUGGUUGUUUUUGAUGAUACCGUUAAUGUUUGUUGUA